AUGGCCGACACUAUCAACCCGUUGGACACUUUGCCAACAUCUCCUGAUCCCGAAAUGUACACAAUCUCCCCAGCAGAUACAUCACUGGACUCGCCAGAGCCAGAGGAUGACAUCAAGGAGGAAGAGGACGAGAAGAAGCCAGCAAAGAAGAGAAAGUCUUGGGGACAAGAACUCCCAACCCCAAAGACAAAUCUACCUCCUCGCAAACGCGCUAAGACAGAUGAUGAGAAAGAGCAGCGUCGGAUAGAACGGGUCCUCCGGAACCGCGCGGCCGCUCAAACAUCACGCGAGCGCAAAAGGCUGGAGAUGGAGAAGCUCGAGACCGAGAAGAUCCGCAUGGAACAACAGAACCAGUUCCUCAUUCAGCGGCUAUCACAGAUGGAGACCGAGAACAACCGCCUCAGUCAACAGGUGGCUCAACUCUCCGCUGAGGUCCGCGGAUCUCGCAGCGCCACUCCCAAAGCCAGCUCUCCCGCCAUCGAAUCUCCCACCCUCACGCCUACCCUCUUCAAGCAGGAAGGUGACGAACUCCCCAUGGAACGAAUCCCAUUCCCCACCCCCUCCGUGACCGACUACUCCCCCACCCUCAAACCUUCCACUCUGGCUGAAGCCUCCGACGCGACACAACAUCCUGCAGCGGUGUUGUGUGACCUGCAGUCUCCUCUUUCUGACGAUGACUUCCGCCGCCUGUUCAACGGUGAUUCACCCGCUGAGCCAAAUUCUUCUUUCCCUGAAGACGGGUUUGCCUUUGAUGUUCUCGACGGCGGAGAUCUAUCAGCAUUUCCCUUUGAUUCUAUGGUUGAUUUCGACCCCGAGUCUGUCGUCCUCGAAGGCGUCCAGUCGUCCGGUGUUUCGGAUGAGACUGCUCACCAGACUACUUGCUUGCAGCCCAGCCUUGGCGCGUCCACUUCGCGAUGCGACGGGCAGAGCAUUGCAGCUAGCGGUUAG